ACUCUUUCCUCCUUUAACAUCACAAUUCAUUCUUUCUAUUGGCAUUUCACUACAACUUUCCUUCUCCCAUUAAUCUCUAUCACAUUAAAAUCUCAAUUUCUGAGUUCAUUUCCUCGUCACAUAACAUGGCAGAUAACAAGCAGCCACAAUUGAACGGUGCAUACUACGGCCCCGCCAUUCCACCACCAGCACAACCCCAUCCAUACCACCAACGAAGCAGGAGCUGUUGUUGCUGUCUCUUCAGUUUCUUCUGGAAGGUUCUUCUCACGCUGAUCGUUCUCGCUGGUCUCGCAGUCCUUAUCUUCUAUCUGGUUGUUCAGCCCCGCUCCUUCAAAUUCUAUGUCACGGAAGCCAAUCUAACUGAAUUCGACUACAAAAACAACACGCUACACUACAAUAUGGCUCUCAACUUCACAGCACGCAACCCUAACAAAAAACUCAGCAUCUACUACGAUAAAGUUGAGGCUCUCGCGUUCUAUGAAGGCUCAAGGCUUACUAAUAAUGUUGAUGUGAUCACAUUCAAGAAUUCGUUUCGCCAAUAUAAGAAGAGCAGUGAUCCCAUGAGCGUUGUUUUCUCAGGACAGAAACUGUUGGUGCUCGACAAUGAUCAAGUCUCUGAGUUCAACGAAGAUAAGAGUGUUGAGGUUUAUGAUAUAUAUGUGAAACUCUACUUCAGGAUUAGAUUCAGACUUGGAGAUUUGAUAUCUGGUGAUUACAAGCCCAAGGUGAAAUGUGAUUUCAAAGUCCCUUUGAAUUCUAACAAGACCGCUGCUGCAACGUUUGUACCCACCAAGUGCGAUGUUGAUUUCUACUGAUCUGCGCUUUUGAUUGGUUUCUUGGCACAUAAGUUAAAAUUCGGAUUUUAUUUGUUUAAGUUUUUUUCUUCUUUUUUCUGUGUGAUAUUUGUUAUUUAUUUUAUUUAUUCUUUGGAUGUAUGUAUAUCAGGAUCAUACGUUUCUAUGAAAUAAACAAUUAUUUUCUUUAA